GUUGCUUAGCAACAGAAUGCUUGAAACGUCAACAUCAGGUGCUUGGGUGACAGGAGCAUAGACGCUACAGCGCGCUGUCAUGGCGGAGAGAAACGCUCUGGAGAAACUCGAUUUCGGCGCUUUAAGCCCCGAGCAGCAGGAGAAGCUGCAUCAGUUCAAGAUCAAGACGAGGAUAGCUAAUGAAAAAUAUUUAAGAUCUCAUCCAGAGGUGGAAAUGUUACUGAGUGACUUCUUAAGGGAAGUGUUUCUGAAAAGGCCUACGGAUAUUCGUGAAUUUGCAGCAGAUCAUUUCAUUGACCCAGGACUGUCAAAGAAAAUUCAGGCUCAAAUGAAUAUCCAAAAUAAGUGAAAAGUGUUAUUUUUAAUAAAAAAAUGAUGAAAUGUG